AUGUUCACUCAACGCCCCUCAUUCCGCUACCUGGCCAUCGGCGCCGUGGUGUCUCUGUUUACCCUUACAUUCCUCAUCAUCAGUACCGGUGCACCUGGCCGCGCAUCACAAUUUAAUCUUAAGCCACAAUUGCGACAGCAGUAUUGUGCCCCGCCUGUGAACUCUUCAGCGGGUUGGGAAUUUGUUGUUGCACGCGACGGAAAUAACCACGGUCUCUCCGAGGACCAGUGCCGCAUUGCUUUUCCAAAGCUAUUUGUUGAGAUUGACAAGUCCUCUACACUAAGAGAAAAUAAGCUUGUUUCCUAUAAGGAGCUGGACUCCAGGACAGUAGACGAUGGUAUGGUGCGGGCAAUUAUUGAUCGAGGAGAGGCGAGUGAAACAUUGAUUGCCCUUUUGUAUAUUGUCGACUACGCGCCCAUGCCCGUCACAGCAUCCCGAGCACGCGCCACCCUAAACUCCCUCCACCGCGCCCUGACAGCAUUCCCAGACCGCCACCUCCUACCUAGUAUCGAGUUCAUCUUCACUACAGAAGAUUUUGCAGAGCACACGACCGGCUCGAGCCCCAUCUGGGCCUACUCAAAACGCGACUCAGACACCUCAGUCUGGCUAAUGCCCGACUUCGGCUACUGGGCCUGGCCAGAAGUGCAGAUCGGCCCGUAUCACGAAGUGCGGCGCCGCAUCGCCGCAAUCGACGACGGUGAAACUACCGCAGACGGUACAUACGUGCCAGGCCUAAAAUUCCAGGAGAAGAAAAAACAGCUCGUGUGGCGAGGUAGUCUGGCGACGAACCCGCCCGUCCGGGGCAAGCUCCUCAAGUCUGCAUUGGGUCGUAGCUGGGCGAGCGUGCGUGUCAUUGACUGGGAUAACCAGGAUGAUAUCCGCUUUAAUCUUCUUCCCAUUGAAGAUCACUGCCGGUAUAUGUUCCUCGCGCACACAGAGGGCCGCAGCUUCUCUGGUCGUGGGAAGUAUCUUCUGAACUGCCGUUCCGUUGUCAUCUCCCAUGCUCUCGAAUGGCGCGAGGCCCAUCAUGCGGCGUUAAUCUCAACUGGUCCGGAUGCAAAUUAUAUUGAGGUUAAUCGGGAUUGGUCCGACCUAUCGCCCAAGAUAGAUUAUCUUAUUGAUAACCCCGAGAUUGCGGAGCGGAUCGCUAAUAAUGCGGUGCGCACUUUCCGUGAUCGGUAUCUUACUCCUGCUGCUGAGUCGUGCUACUGGCGUCAGUUGGUUCGGCAGUACUCGGCGGCUUGUGAUUUCGAGCCGGCCUUGUUUUCAACGGGCCGGGAUGGAAAGACCCGGCUUCGGGGUGUUCCCUAUGAUACUUGGGUGCUGAUGCAUUGA